AUGGCCACCCAGCGAAUCGCCUAUGCCUGCGCAAAGUGCAACAACAAUAGCUACACAACGGACGAAUUCCGCGCCACCGGCGGCGGUUUCUCCAGGUUCUUUGACGUCCAGAACAAGAAAUUUACCACGGUGUCCUGCUCCCAGUGCGGCUACACGGAAAUCUACCGGGGCGACACCUCAAAGUUCGGCAACAUAGCCGACUUCUUCCUCGGCGGUUAG